GAAACAACUAAUAAUUAAAUAGUUGGACGAUCGAAAAUCAUGUUAAAAUAUAGGUAUAUAUUAAAAGCGAUAACAUUCCACCAUCUGAUUGAACUGACAGGAUGGCAUCAAAAUAACUGGCGCAGGCUACCAACAAUUACAUAAUAUGUUUCCUUCUCAAACGGCCAUUAGGUGUGCUAGAUCAGAUGCGAUCAGAUCAGAUUAGAUUACCUAAGAUUACCUAAGGUUGGGUUGGAUAUUGAUGGAAUUUGACAUACAGCAUAGCACUACAAUGCUUCUUUUUCUUCAAUGGGAGCUCUUCACCGCACCAAGAUGAAUUAUCAUCUUUAAAAAGGAUCACACGAUGAACUCGCUACCUAUUUCAAUGAGUCAUUCUCAUUUUUAACGGUCAAGUACCUGGGUACAAAACCCCACCGGCUACUACGUCGGCAUCUCCAUUAGAGAGCAUGGAUGGGGCAAGUGAAAUUCUAAAUGACGCGCGGCUGAUCAUAACGGUAGUAGCGUAUCGUUAAGGAUAUAGGAUACUUUAUAUUAGGCCGUAUCGCCCCUGAUGUCUUCGUUGCCUUUCAUCAGAAUCCGUUCUCUUACUCUGAUGGCCUUCUAAUACCCACCCGCCCCGACAACUCGCUUCUAGUCUCACGUCUAAUGAUUUCUCCUCGAAACCUAUUAGGGUUAAGUGCCUUAAUAGGUGCUGCGAGAGCUGCCUCGCUCUCCGACUACUGUACACCGGCUUUUGCUACAGGCGUAUUGCCAGUUCAGGACCUCGGACUAGGGGUCACUAUCGACGUCUCAUCGGUGUCGGCUAUUCUUGCAACUAAUAAAUCAGUUAGCUCAGAAUGGUUUGGGACUGCUGCGAUUGACUACUGCAAUAUCACGUUCGCCUAUUCUCACAAUGGAAUUGCGAACGACGUUGUCCACGUAUCAUAUCUUGUCCCGCCACCGGACAAGUUCUUAAAUCGAUACGUCUCCACCGGAGGAGGCGGGCUUGCUAUUAAUUCGGGGUUAUCUUUCAGUCCUGUUGGCAUCAUUUCCGGUGCUGUGUCUGGCAUGACGGAUGGAGGGUUCGGCAACUUCAAUACUCAGUACGAUAAGGUAUUCCUCUUGGCGAAUAACACGGUCAACUGGCAGGCAACAUAUAUGUUUGGAUAUCAGGCGCAUCACGAGCUUGCUACGCUCGGAAAACAGUUUACCAGAAACUUGUUCAACGUAUCCGAUAGCGAAAAGAUUUAUUCUUACUAUCAAGGGUGUUCCGAAGGUGGCCGCGAGGGAUGGAGCCAAGUUCAACGCUUCGCAGAUCAAUUUGACGGGGUAGUAACUGGUGCACCUGCUUUCCGAUUCAGUCAUCUUCAGACGAAUCAUUUGUCAGGCGCAGUCAUAUCAAAGGCAAUCGGUUACUUUCCGCCCCCUUGUGAGCUCGAGAAAAUCGCCAACUUAACAAUCGCUGCUUGUGAUGGCUUGGACGGCAAGGUGGAUGGAGUAGUCGCGCGGUCCGAUCUCUGCAAGCUAAGCUUCGACUACAAUUCGACAAUAGGUCAGCCAUACUACUGUCCGGCAUCUAAUGGUGCGUCUGUGCGCCGGCGUCAGUCUCCGGGUUCCAGCCCUACGCCUGAACAGAAUGGUACCAUUACUGCCGAGGGCGCAGCAGUGGCCUCCGCGUUUAUGAACGGUCUGAUAGACUCCAAAGGGAAACGCAUCUACAUAAACCCUCAACCUGGCUCUUCCUUCACGGACGCUUCAACUCAAUUUAAUGAGGAUACAGGCGAAUGGGAGCCCAAUCUCUCCGGUUUAGGGCCGCAGUGGAUAACACGCUAUCUGUACCUCCAACAAAAAGACUCGCUCGAUAGUCUCGAGAAUGUGACCGCUGACACUCUGCGGGACUGGAUGGCAUUUGGUAUGCAAAAGUAUCAGGACACACUUCAGACGACCUGGCUCGACCUUAACCCCUUCAAGGCGGCCGGGGGUAAAGUCAUCCACGUCCACGGAGAGGCAGAUCCUGGAAUCCCAGCCGGAUCUUCAAUUCAUUACUACGACUCUGUUCGGAAUGCUAUGUAUGAUGACCUAAACUACGACGAGAGCGUAUCCGCAAUGGAUGAUUUUUACCGCCUAUAUCUUGUUCCUGGUGGAUCCCAUUGCGGAAGCAACCAGAAUCAGCCAGGCGGUGGCUGGCCCGCAACUACGCUCCAAACAGUUAUCGAAUGGGCCGAGAAGGGAGUCGCCCCUGAUACACUCGACAACACGGGGGAUAUUAAUGUCUUAUGCAAAUGGCCUCUCCGCCCGCUAUGGUCUGGCAAUGGAAGUCAUUUCGAUUGCGUAUCUGACUCUAUAUCGACGGAGUCAUGGACUUACACGUUUGAUGCCUUCAAAUACCCGGUCUAUUAGAAAAUGAGAGCCUUGCCCUGUACUAUAGAUAGAGUAUCGUACUUAUCUACCUAGGUACCGAUAUUAAUAAAGACUACAAGCCCUGACGGCUACAUUUGUAGUAUCUCGUUUGCUUCGGAUUUAGUAAGAAAAUAACAUCGUUAACCACCGUGGCUUGAUGAGUGAAUAUUUCUCGACUUCGAGAAGGACGACCAAACGUCCUGGAAUCAUGAAUCGUGUAGAUAGAGGCUGCGAAGAGGGUGGGUGCAAGAAGGAGAAUCGAUUAAACAAUAUAUGGGUUUUUAGUGAAGCUGGGAUAUUCCGGCGACGACAUUGCUCUUCCAACAUAGCCGACGGUUUCAACUAUACAGAAAUUAGUUAACGACCGAAUCUCAUGCAAGUAAAGACAUAAAUCAAGAUACAAGCGAGACUACUCACAAAGACAUCCAACGACGAAUAGAACAGAGUAGGUUACCAUAUUCUCUUUUGGAAAAGUGCCUUAACAUGGAGAAGAGAUGAUAUUGCGAAUGAGUGCCCCCCUCCCCUUUGUUUUUAUAACUAUCUAACCUAUA